CUAAUGUUUAGGAGAGGAAGGAAUGACCCUUUAGAGUUGUUAAGAGAUCACGUGAUUCAUCAUAAGCAGAUUAAAUUGAAAAGCAAAAACACAGACCAUAGACUCCUCUUUGAUAACAAUAUUGAAUUUAAAUGCUCGACUGUAUAUGAGUUAUGAUGAUUACAAGGAAACAGCUUGGAAGUCGAAAUCAGGUUAGGAAUAUACUCUUGGAGCAUUGUGGUGUUUUCUGGAUUGUCAUUUGUAGGGUUUGGAACAAAAGAAUUAUAGAAAAAAAGCAUUGGAUCUAAACUUUGAAUAAGUGUUCAAGGCUGAUAAUUAAGACAUUAUUGAAUAUUUUACCGGCAAAGUCGAUUAUACAAAUUGUAUAAAUGCAGACAAAAAGCCACCCUAAAUUAGGAAACCCCUCCAAAAGGACGAGGAUGUUUUAUUUGGUCCUUAAAAAAAGGUUAAGCCUGAUUCUGAGAAGGAAGUAAAUUUAUGAUAUCGAAUUAGCCACUCACUGAGAAAGAAUUCAAUCUAAAGGUGUUUGAUGAGAUUUUGAGAUUCGAGAAACCCAUUACUACAAGAAAUAGAUUAUUCAGAGUUUAAGAUAGGACAUUUGAUGAUAUUUUGAAAACAGCUUAAAAAGUAUUCAUAAUAAGCAUAGCAUAUAAAGAUCUUUUAAGGCUAGUAUGUAGGAGUAGGAGGAGACGAAGAAGAAUUAUAGUAAAUUCUAGGAACUAGAACGCAAGAUGUUAACAAGGCGAAAUAACUAUCGACUGCUAAAUUAUCUUAUUCUGUGUUGAAUGAAUUCAUUAAAUCGAAAGAAAAGCCCAUUAUUAUAGUGCCUCAAAUAGCUGAAUUGGGAAACCUUUGUUUGAAGAAUGUGUAAUAGUUUCUAGAAUAUGGAUAAUAUCUGGACCCAAAUGGAUUGAAAUUCACUAACGAAUCCAGAUCAGUUUAAAUUAAAGUCAAGUUGAGAUUGACGGACAUGUAAGGAUUAUGGUAUUAAUUAUAGCGAAUAAUAAUUUUUAAUAUUGGAUACUCCCAAUACAAUAACUAAUUGGAAAAGAGUGGUUGCAGUGUUUUUAAGGGGAUCUACCUACGAGUUGAAACAAUUCCCAGAUUAAAAUCCCAAUCAGUUGUUUAAAAAGUAAUUUGAUAUACUAUCUCAAACUUAGCAUCAGAGGUUAUCACUUAAAGUUUGAGGAGGAGAAACCGAAAGAUUUGAUCAAAUAAUGGAAUGUUAAGGUUUUCGAUUUACACAGAAGCAAAAGGUACCAAGAUAUUGAUGUGGUAAAUGCCUUCUGGGAAGAUCUUGAAGCUUUUCUUUUGAGGCCUGCUAAGUUACCAUCAUAAUAAUGA